AUGGCUGUUGAAGGUAAACAUGUAUCAGAGACAGAGAAGAACAACAACAACAACAACAAAGAAAGCAAAGAGAUAGAGCUUCACAGGAACGACUUAGGUCUCGAAGAUGCAUCAUCAUCUUCAUCAUCGCCAAGAGGUGUACUUGGAAACAAUAACAGCAGUAAUUACAGCAGUUGCAGCUCUUUCUCCUCUGACGAUAAAUCAUCAUCAUCAUCUCCAGUGUCAAACACUCCUAAUAAAAACUUUUCAUCUUCCUCGCAUGGUCUUAAAUGGAACAAAAUGCUUGAAUCCAUCAAGAAAAAGUCCAUUCGACGAUUCAAAGUGAUGCCUUUCCUCGCAAGUCACCAUCUCACCAGUAAAAACUUGCCUCGCAAGCAACCAAAGUUCUCUCCCUCUGAGAAUUGCUUCUUCAUGGCUAAACCCUCUUGGAGAAACUUCACCUACGAAGAACUCGCUGCAGCUACAGAGGAUUUCAAUCCUGAGAACAUGAUUGGUAAAGGAGGACAUGCAGAAGUAUACAAAGGAGUUUUACCUGACGGCGAGACCGUAGCCAUCAAGAAGGUGAUGAGUCACGGCAAGGAAGAAGAAGAAAGAGUGAGUGAUUUCCUCUCAGAGCUAGGUAUAAUUGCACAUGUAAACCACUCAAACGCAGCUAGACUUCGAGGUUUUAGUAUUGAUCGCGGUUUGCAUUUUGUGCUUGAGUACUCUCCACAUGGCAGCCUCGCUACUAUGCUCUUUGGAACAGAGGAGUGUCUGGAGUGGAAAAUAAGGUAUAAAGUGGCUUUAGGUAUAGCUGAUGGUCUGAGUUAUCUUCACAAUGAUUGCCCUAGACGGAUCAUUCACCGUGAUAUCAAAGCUUCUAACAUAUUGCUCAGCCAAGACUACGAUGCUCAGAUUUCAGACUUCGGACUUGCAAAAUGGCUCCCAGAGAACUGGACUCAACAUGUUGUAUCCCCCAUUGAAGGAACAUUCGGGUACAUGGCUCCAGAAUACUUCAUACACGGCAUUGUUGAUGAGAAGAUCGAUGUGUUUGCCUUUGGUGUACUUCUUCUAGAGAUCAUAACCGGUCGUAGAGCUGUUGAUACCGCCAACAGACAGAGCAUCGUUGCAUGGGCAAAGCCUUUUCUAGAGAAGAAUAGUGUUGAGGACAUUGUGGAUCCUCGUCUAGGAAAUGAGUUUGAUCCAGUAGAGAUGAAACGAGUGAUGCUAACAGCUUCAAUGUGUAUACAUCAUAUAGCUAUAAUGAGACCUGACAUGACCCAAUUGGUGCAGCUGUUGCGUGGAGAAGACAGACCAGCUGAGCUGCAGCAGAAGCCAGGUGAAAUGGUCGAGGUCAGUGUGGACGCGUGUGAUCUACAGGAUCACACAUCCUCCUCAUACCUUAACGAACUAACCCGCCAUAGGCAGCUCCUUAUGGAGUAA